AUGGUAGGGCAGUGGAGCUUUGGAAGACGAGGCGAGGAGCUCGAGGAGGAGGAGGAGGAGGACGGCGAGGACGAGGAAGGCACAGAUGGCGCGCUAGAGGCGAGAGUCGGUGGAGGAGGAGACAGAGGCCGAGGAGAUCCGGCGGGCAGUGGUGAGGAGGGAGAGGAGGCGAGAGGGGAGGGAGGCGAAUACCGCGGUGGAGUGGAGGAAGAGGAGCCAAGAGAGCUGUCGGGGGCUGCAGCCAUUGGACUUUCCGAUGGCGCCAGGGGUGGUUGGGGUGCGGACCUCGACGGCGGCCCAGGCAGCGGCAGAGGAGGUGAUGGAGGGAUACCAAAAUUCAAGGCGCGCCCCACCGACGUGCUCUUGGCUUCCUUCCCAAAGUCUGGAACAACAAGGCUUAAAGCCCUUCUCUUUGCAACAUCAAACCGCUCGUCCUUUUCCAACUCUCAGCACCACCCCUUGACAACUCUGAGUCCCCAUGAGUGCGUUCCAUUUCUGGAGUCCCAAGUGUACACAAACAGCCAAAUUCCGAGCUUGGGCGUGCUCCCAUCUCCAAGGCUCUUCUCCACCCACAUCCCGCUCCGGUCACUGCCGCAGUCCGUAGUAGAUUCCGGUUGUAGAAUUGUCUAUCUUUGCCACAAUCCGAAAGAUAACUUUGUUUCCUUGUGGCACUUCAGGAACAACCUUAGAACCAAGGCUAACAUAGAACCUCUAUCUCUAGAUGAAGCAAUGGAACAAUUCUGCAAGGGGAUCUCCUUGUUUGGACUGUAUUGGGAUCACCUCCUGGGAUACUGGAAGGGGCACCUGGAAAGGCCUCAGAAGGUGCAGUUUCUCAAAUACGAGGAAGUGAUGCAAGACCCUGUGGUUCAUUUGACAAGAUUGGCUGAGUUCAUAAGUUGUCCCUUCACUAUGGAUGAGGAGAAGGAAGGGGUGGUGGAAGCCAUUAUAAGGUUGUGUGCUUUUCAGAAUUUGAGCAGUUUGGAAGUGAGUAAGAAUGGGACGACAAAAUUUGUGCAGAUACCAGUUGAGAACAGCUUGUUCUAUAGACGUGGUGUGGUUGGAGAUUGGGUGAAUAAUCUUACGCCAGAGAUGGUUCGACAAUUGGAGGAGAUCACAGGGAGCAAGUUCAGAGGUUCUGGGCUGACGUUUUACGCACCCACAGCAAGAGUCAGAUUUCCAUGA